AUGUGCGCGGUCUUUGCUGGUUCAUAUGUCACUCUGGGUGCCUUGGCUUUCACUAAUUGCCGGGAAGGUCUAUGGGCUCCUGCCGCAAUGCGUAUUGUCGAACUGAAAGGUACUAUGCCCGAUGGUACCCCGUACUCCCUCUACGCGCAGGAACAGUAUCAUCACGAUCAUGUGUACCAUCCUCUCCUCUCUCGUGGAUGGGUUUAUCAGGAGACCCUUGUGUCGCCACGAACUCUGGUUUUCUUAGGUCGGGAGGCUAUGUGGCUCUGUCGAGAAAACAUAUCCUGCCAGUGUCGUACUCUUCGCAUCAGAACUAGCUGGAAUACCUUCGUCAAACUCCCGGCGAGAGAUACCAAACACGAGGCUGGUACUCAGUCAGAGAACUUACUUCUAUGGGCUCAAUUAUGGCAUGUGCUGGUCUCUGGCUACGCCUGUAGAACCAACCUUAGUUGUUUGGGCGACAGACUUACGGCAAUUGAGGGGCUUGCUGAAUAUUUUCGGCACUGGAGGCAGGGCGAGCGCUACUUCGGCGGAAUCUGGUCGGGCUCAUUCGCUAAGGACCUGCUCUGGAGAACAAUACCUGAGUUUCACGAGCGACUGAGAGUUCGUCCUGAUACCAUCAAGACCAAAUGGAGCAGCGAAAAGUGGCUUUUUCCGACAUGGUCAUGGGCCUCGCUGAACAACAAGAAUCCUAUGGGGCCUCGUAUGUCUAUCCUAUACGCCAAGUUUCGUGAGGAGGUGGCAGUAGACUCCCCCUCUCCCCCCACGUACCAGCACUACCCGGAUAGCGCCUUCUUGAUAACCCCUAUCGGCGAACCCUUUGGACAGGACAGAAUAGCAGACGGGCAAAAGCCCCCACCAUCCACGGAGAAGAGGCGGUAUCACGAACUCCGCAUCCAAGGUAUUAUUGUUCCAAUUGGGUGGCAACAGCUACUUGCAAUGGAAAAGGAUGCGUGGGCCGAGAACAUCGAGCCCUAUCCCGAACCCUUCUUCAUGUGCGACUAUGGCUGGCUCAAAUUCGCCAACUGGCUCAAGGAGGAAUAUCCUGCGGGCCCGGCAGAGCCAACCUUUUACUGUUUGCGCAUGAUGAAAUACAUAGGCCGAACAGGGCACUUUAUGGGGUUGGUACUCCAUUGUGUUGACGAGGCAAGGCAAAUAUACGAAAGAAUUGGUGUCUUGGCACAGCGGUAUCGUUUAGAGAAGGACGACACUGAAGAGAGCAAGAGGCAUUGGAAGCCAGAUUGGCGGCAAGAAGCAGGUACGGAGAGUGAGCCGGAGGCCAGGGUCAUAACUUUGGUUUAAGCCUGGGGAUUUUUUUUACGAGUGAGCAGGGCCACAAAUCAGAGUUCAUGUCUUUGCCUCUCUAUUACGCAGUCUUUCUAUUUCUGGUCUUUCAUCUUGCGCUACUUUUUGUUCUUCCGCCAUGAUCUGAACGAUCA